CUCUUUCAAAAUAACUGAGGAAUUUAAUUUAAUUUAAGUUUACUAUUCCUUCACUUUUUACAUUUAAAACUCUCGAAAUGACUAGUGCUGCAGUGAAAAGUCGAUCCGCAAUCACUGUUAGAGGGUCGGCCGAGAUAGUAUGUGAUUAUUUAAAUUUUGGAAUAAAUUCCAUAUUAUUUCAACGUGGCUUAUACCCUCCAGAAACUUUCAAAGCUGUGGAAAAUUAUGGUUUAAGCAUAUUAAUGUCAGAGGACAAUAAAAUCAAAGACUUUCUAUCUACCACACUGGACCAACUUAAAGAAUGGCUAGUAAAAAGAACAGUCAACAAAAUAGCUUUGGUAAUAACAAAUGUCCGCACUUUGGAAAUAAUGGAGCGAUGGGACUUUAAAGUUGAGUAUGAAGGCGAUGCCACAGAGGGAGAAUCUCAAAUAUCAGAAAAACCUUUAAAACAAAUUAAGAAAGAAAUUCGGGAUGUACUUAAACAAAUAGCCUCCUCUGUUGCAUACCUACCACUUUUAGAUUGCCUGUGCAGUUUUGAUAUUCAGAUCUACACUACUAAUGAUGUAGAAUUACCCAAAGAAUGGAGUGAAGCUGAGCCUGCAAAUAUAAAGAAUGCCCAAUCAGUUAAGAUGAGGUCAUUUUCAACCAAUAUUCAUAAGAUGGAAACUGUUGUUACUUAUAAAAAUGAUGAUUAAUGGAAGUUUAAAGUUACCCCUAAUAACAAUGCAUUAAGAAACCAAAAUAGUUUACUUUAAACAUUUUUUGUACUUCAAAAUCAUUUUUAUGAGUGUAUUAUUUUAAG